UGUUCCAUAUAGAAUUGUCUUUUGGAGAAGCAAGCUUUGAGAACAUUUAUUCCAUAUAGAAUUGUGUUUUCGAGUGGGUAGAUCUCUAAAAACAAAAUCAAAAUGUCUCGUACGAGAAAAGCUUAUCUAGUGUUUGUUUUUAUACUUGUGUUAAGCUUGAGAGAUGAGUGCACAGGAGCAAGGGAUUUCAAGAAAAAAUCAUUGAUUUUAUUAUCAUCAUCAGAUGAUACAGCUUCAUCUGAUGGCGAUUCCAAGGUGGUGGACGUUACAACAUAUGGUGCCAAGGGCGAUGGAGUCACCGAUGAUACCGAGGCAUUUCAGGCAGCAUGGACAUCAGCUUGUGAGCAGAACUCGUCUACACUGCUCAUUCCAGCUGAUUACAACUUUCUAGUUGGGCCCCUCACUUUCUCGGGACCCUGCAAUUCAAACGUCCUCUUUAAGGUUGAUGGAAAUGUUAUCGCUCCGGUUAAUCCACGGUCGUGGACAUCUAAACCGUUGAACUGGAUAAACUUUUCAAAACUCAAUGGUGUUACUAUUAAUGGCAACGGCAGUUUUGAUGGACAAGGGGCAGCUUGGUGGAAGAUUUCCCAACUAGAAGACACGGAUAGCAGCGAAAAUGGAAGCAAACUGCCAAGCAUGAGGCCGACGGCAUUGCGGUUUUAUGGAAGCUUUGACGUGAGCGUCCAAGGCAUCACAAUACAAAACAGCCCACAGUUUCACCUCAAGUUUGACGGGUGUACAUUUGUUACAGUUGUUAACGUGACAAUUUCCUCUCCUGAGAACAGCCCAAAUACUGAUGGAAUUCACGUCCAGAAUUCAGAGGAGAUUGAAAUAUACCAUUCCUCAAUUGCAUGCGGAGACGACUGUGUAUCGAUACAAACAGGAAGCUCAGCCAUCCGCGUGCAUGAUAUCAAUUGUGGCCCUGGUCACGGUAUCAGUAUUGGAGGACUUGGGAAGGGAGGAACAAAGGCCUGUGUUUCCAAUGUCAGUGUUUAUGACAGCAACAUUCAUGAUACAUUGAACGGUCUCCGAAUAAAAACAUGGCAGGGAGGAAUUGGGCAAGUGAAAAGCGUGUCGUUCUCCAAUAUACAGGUUUCCAAUGUAAGACUGCCCAUUGAUAUUGAUCAAUUUUACUGUGAUAAAACUGUCUGCAGCAACCAGUCAUCUGGAGUAUACAUAUCAGAUGUCACUUAUCAGAAAAUCACAGGCACUUACGUGAAAACACCAGUCUAUUUGGCUUGCAGCGAUGAUGUGCCAUGUACCGAUUUAAAGUUCCAAAAAAUUGAACUUCAGCCAGUGGCUACACAGGAAAAGAGUCCCUUCUGCUGGAAUAGCUAUGGAGACCAACAGUCCGAUGUUGAGUGCCUGCAACCUGGAAGACCCCCUCAUGACCCUGCUCAAACUCUAUCACCGGAAGAUCGAUGUUAAUACCUAGUCUUCAAAAACACAUUUGUAGUUUCAUAUUGGCUCUUCUUCGGUGAAUGGUUAAGCUAAAUCUUGAACGUUGAUCAUUAGCCAGCUCACAUAUGACAUUCCAUGUAAUUAAGCUGCAGUCAUCUCCAAAAACAUCAGAUGCAUUGUCCACAUAAACUUUUGUUCGUGAGGGAGUUCCCUCUCUUUUCAUAUGAAGCUGAACAACACGAGAUACUCUUUCCUCUGGUUUUCUUUCUUCUAUCCUCUAUACUUGUUAGUUGUUAGCUUUGUUCUUCACGUUCAUUCCUUCCUGAACACUCUCUUCUACUUCUUUAUCCUGACAUUUACAACUUUUGCUCACCAACUUGAAGAGAAAGUGGUGGUGGAGUGAAGUACAUUGACAAACCAUUGGCGGGUUGCCACAAACCAAUCACAUGUUCCU